GCCCUGCCUGCGCGGGCGUGCGCGGCUCGGCCGCAGCGGAGCGCGGGGCUCCGGCGGGCGCUGCGCGGCCCCCCCCCGCCCCGCCGGGCUGGAUAUGUGGAUGCUCACGUGAAGAUGGAUGUGGCCAUCGGGCUGCUGGGGCUGCUGACGGUUCUGCUGGAGGGCAGCUCCGGCCAAGGGGUGUACGCACCCCCCACAGUGAGGAUCGUGCACUCAGGCCUGGCCUGUAACAUCGAGGAGGAGCGAUACUCCGAGAGGGUCUACACCAUCCGCGAGGGAGAGACCCUGGAGCUCACCUGCCUGGUCACCGGCCACCCCCGCCCACAGAUCAGGUGGACCAAAACAGCAGGAAGUGCCUCUGACAGAUUCCAAGACUCGAGUGUCUUCAACGAAACCCUGCGGAUUUCCAACAUCCAGAGACACCAGGGGGGCCGUUACUACUGCAAGGCCGAGAACGGCCUGGGCUCUCCCGCCAUCAAAUCCAUCCGAGUGGACGUGUACUAUUUGGAUGACCCAAUAGUGACAGUCCACCAGAGCAUUGGGGAGGCCAAGGAGCAGUUUUACUAUGAGAAAACCGUGUUCCUCAGGUGCGUGGCCAACUCCAACCCGCCCGUGCGGUACAGCUGGCGCCGCGGGCAGGAGGUGCUGCUGCAGGGCUCCGACAAAGGGGUGGAGAUCUACGAGCCCUUCUUUACCCAGGGAGAAACGAAGAUCCUGAAGCUGAAGAACCUGCGGCCUCAGGACUACGCCAACUACAGCUGCAUCGCCUCGGUGCGCAACGUCUGCAGCAUCCCCGACAAGAUGGUGUCCUUCCGCCUCUCCAACAGGACAGCCCCCCCUUCAAUCAAGCUCCUGGUGGACGACCCCAUCGUGGUGAACCCCGGGGAGGCCAUCACCCUGGUGUGUGUGAACGGGGGGGAGCCAGGCCCCAGCCUCACCUGGGUCCGCUCUGGGGGGGCCCUGCCCGAGAAGACGGUGCUGAACGGGGGCACCCUGACCAUCCCCGCCAUCGGCGCCGCCGACGCCGGCACCUACAGCUGCAUCGCCAACAACAACGUCGGCAACCCCGCCAAGAAGUCCACCAACAUCAUCGUCAGAGCCUUAAAAAAAGGACGCUUUUGGAUCACCCCCGACCCCUACCACAAGGAUGACAACAUCCAGAUCGGGCGGGAGGUGAAGAUCUCGUGCCAGGUGGAGGCCAUCCCGCCCGAGGAGCUCACCUUCAGCUGGUUCAAGAACGGGCGGCCCCUGAGGAGCUCGGAGAGGAUGGUCAUCACCCAGACCGACCCCGACGUGUCCCCCGGCACCACCAACCUGGACAUCAUCGACCUCAAGUUCACCGACUUCGGCACCUACACGUGCGUGGCGGCGCUCAAGGGCGGCGGCAUCUCGGACAUCAGCAUCGACGUCAACAUCUCCAGCAGCACAGUCCCACCCAACCUGACCGUCCCCCAGGAGAAGUCCCCGCUGGUGACGCGGGAGGGGGACACCAUCGAGCUGCAGUGCCAGGUGACAGGGAAGCCCAAGCCCAUCAUCCUGUGGUCCAGGGCGGACAAGGAGGUGGCGAUGCCAGACGGGGCGAUGCAGACGGAGAGCUACGACGGGAUCCUGCGGAUUGUCAACGUGUCCAGGGAGAUGACGGGCACCUACCGCUGCCAGACCAGCCAGUACAACGGCUUCAACGUGAAACCCAGAGAGGCUCUGGUGCAGCUCAUUGUGCAGUACCCCCCCGCCGUGGAGCCCACGUUCCUGGAGAUCCGGCAGGGCCAGGGCCGCAGCGUCACCCUGAGCUGCCGCGUGCUCCGCGCGUACCCCACGCGCGUGCUGACCUACGAGUGGCGCCUGGGCGGAAAACUGCUCCGCACCGGCCAGUUCGACCUGCAGGACUCCACCGACUACACCGUGGGCAGCCUGGCCAGGGACAGCUACGGCCUCUACAACUGCAACAUCAUCAACGAGGCCGGCGCCGGGCGCUGCAGCUUCCUCGUCACAGGCAAAGCCUACGCCCCGGAGUUCUACUACGACACCUACAACCCGCUGUGGCAGAACCGGCCCCGGGUGUAUUCCUACAGCCUGCAGUGGACGCAGAUGAACCCCAGCGCCGUGGAUCGCAUCCUCGCCUACCGCCUGGGCAUCCGCCAGGCUGGCCAGCAGCGCUGGUGGGAGCAGGAGAUCUCCGUCAACGGGAACAUCCAGAAGGGAGAGCUGAUCACCUACAACCUCACCGAGCUCAUCAAGCCAGAGGCCUACGAGGUCAGACUGACACCCAUCACCAGAUUUGGGGAGGGGGACUCCACGAUUCGGGUCAUCAAAUACAGUGCUCCGGUGAAUCCUCAUCUACGAGAGUUCCACUGUGGCUUCGAGGAUGGCAACAUUUGCCUCUUCACUCAAGAUGACACAGACAACUUUGACUGGACGAAGCAAAGCACUGCCACGAGGGACACCAAGUACACCCCCAACACGGGGCCCAACGCCGACAGGACGGGCUCCAAGGAAGGUUUCUACAUGUACAUCGAGACGUCCCGGCCCAGGCUGGAGGGGGAGAAGGCCAGGCUCGUCAGUCCCGUCUUCAGCGUCGCUCCCAAAAACCCCUACGGAGCCACCAGCACGGCCUAUUGCUUCAGCUUCUACUAUCACAUGUAUGGACAGCACAUAGGAAGCCUGAACGUUUACCUGAGGCUGAAAGGUCAGACUGCAAUAGAGAACCCCCUGUGGUCCUCGAGUGGGAAUAAAGGCCAGCACUGGAACCAAGCCCGUGUGAACAUCAACCCCCCCACCUCAUUCCAGCUCAUCUUUGAGGGGAUCCGUGGCCCUGGCAUCGAAGGGGACAUUGCUAUUGAUGACGUGUCCAUUGUGGAAGGAGAGUGCAUGAAAUCAGACCAGCCGGCCAACAAUUUACGAUCAGGUGCUGUUGGGACAUUAUCACAUAUACGACUCCUCCCACUUCUCAUCCUCAUGUCUGUCUUAAGUCAUCAGAGGUGACCUUAUCCUGGCAGAGGCUACAAAAGAUUCACCAGGCACUGGCAUGAAGAAAGAGUCUUUGUAAAAUGGACAUUUAAAAACAAACUACCAAAGAUUCCUCCACUGACUGACUCGAAAGUUAAAUAAAUACGUAAAUAAAUAAUUAAAACAAACAAACAAACAGAGGUAAUUAAGAAAGCACUGGGGACAUAAAAGGCAUCACGGGAGUGUAACUCACCACGAGCCACGUGUGAGGACGGGAUCUGGCCUGAGGAAGGAAGAGACCUUCAGGUGCUUUUGUGGUCACUAAUGAAUUCAGCAUCGUCUGGUUGAACUCUGGGCAAAGAGCUAUAGAAACCCUUGUCAAAGCACAAAGUCAUGGCUGGUUUUGUUUCAAAUGAAUAGUUUGCUUGUUACCAUGGAAACCUAAUGGCCUGCCAAAAACAACGAAAAAGGAGAGAGGAAAUAAAGAACAAAGAAAGAGAGAGAGAGAGAGAAACACCUCACUGUAAACAGGGUAUGUGAAGAGCUGGCAUUCAUUUCCCCUCGCAGAAGGUUUUUAGUGUAGAGUUAAAACAAACGUAGGCCCUUCCUACUCUUGGCUGUCACCUCCCCUAGGGAAUAACCCGGGAUCGGAGCUGGUUUUAAGACGUUCCUGUUUCAUUUCUCAUGGCUCUGCUUGAGAACUGUGUGCUGUCUCCUCUUUGCAUGCAUUUCCCAGCCGGGAUGUGCCCCCUCCUGGGCUUACACGUUUCACGGGCUUUUUGGAGUUUGCUUGCGGCCACCUCGCCCCCUCCUCUCCCCUCCUCCCCCCGCCCGAGUCAUCCGAGCCGACGACGAAGGGAAGAAACCAAACCACCGUCUUUUAUAAAUUGCCAUGGAAACCAAGUGCCUUCAAUGAAACAAGCCUGAUGUAAAAAAAAAAAAAAAAAAAAAAGGGAAAAAAUAUUAUAAAAAUAAAAAAAACACAAACAAACGCGAAAUAUAUUUAAAAAUGUUAAAAAAAAAAAAAAAGAGAUAUAAAUGUCAGAAGAAUGAUGGUUUCAGAAGGAAGCUCGCACUGCUGUAAAAACGUGGGUUGUGCAAACUCUUUUCUAAACAAGCUACGGAGCCUGGGUGUGCAGGGCAAGGAGAGACGGAGCCGCUCCCGGGGAUGGACGGACGGAUGGAUGGACGGAUGGCUGGAUGGAUGGGAUGGACCUCAAAGCUGCUGCCUGAGCCCUCUUUGGGAUGAGGGAUUUGUUGGUGUGACCUCCCAGAAGGCCACGGCCUUUCAGCUUCUCCUGCGUGGGCAAACACCUCCCGUGGGGCCCGGGCACGGGAGCAGCGCUUUUCCCUCCUCCGUUUUGGGGUUCUCCGGCGGGUGAGGCUGCUGAGACGCACGCUGAGCGCAGCAGGUGGGGAGACACGGGGGGGAUUUCCUCGCUGCCGCCCUCCACGGGACGAGGGGGAGUCGUGGGGAGAGGGGGGAAGGUUCCCAAAGCUCCCCCCGCCGCGAGGAACCGCCAAGCUCGAUGCGCCGAGGGGGCUGUGCCGCCCCCCCGGGCCACGCUCGGCGCUGGGCACCAGAGGUUAUUUUUUGUUAUUGUAGCAAAAUUAAAAAAAAAGAGAGACAAAAAAAGGUUAAAAAAAUUUUCAAAAAUAAAAAAAAAUUCCCACUUUUACAAGGAAAAAAAAAACAACAAAACACCCAACAACAGCGUGGGUUGGAGCCGCCCCAACGCGUGCCGUUAGCCAGCCGGUUUUCCACUGCAUUGUAAAGAAGUUCCCUUCCAGUUGGUUAUGACAAUUUGAAGACCUUUUUCCUUAAAUUAUCUCAGCUUUUAACUUCAUUUAAAAAAAAAAAAAAAAAAAAGAGAGAAAAAAAAAAGGAAAAAAGAAAAAGAGGACUUUUGUCUAAGGGAGAGUAUUAUUAUUAUAAUUAUUAUAAUUAUUAUUAUUAUUCUGUGUUCUCUCGACACCCUAGGAUUGAAAAAAAACCCCAACACCUGAUAUGCAAAUAAAUUGGAGUAAAAACGUGAAAACAAACAAACGAGGAGAAUAUUUGCAAAUAUGAGUAUAAAAAGCACAACGAGAUGCAGUAAAACAAUGACAAGGCUUGAUUUUUUUUUUUUAUUCUGUAGAGAAAUGUUUGUGCAAAUUCAGUAAUUCAACUGAAGAGAUAAUUUUACAGCUGUUCAAUAAAGCCUCUUUCCAGGUAAGGUUAUGACAAGUGGUGUGUGUGUUUGUUGAGCAGUGAGCCCCAAAAUGGCCUGGCCGGGGCUGUGCCUUCGUAAACUGGUGGUGUCUGAAGGUGUAGUGGUCCAUACUGGUGAUGCUGGGGGGCUGCAGCUUUCCCAGGAUAUUGGCUCCCGGGUUUGUAGGCACUUUGUGGUGUCUGGAAGAUGGUGGGAGCUCUGGUUUGGAUGGACUGUGGGAUCUGGCACCCUUAAAAACACAAACCACCAAACUCCCAGUUGGAAGCACCGGAUUUUGCUGGUGGAUGGAUGGAUGGAUGGAUGGAGGACCAAGUCAGGUAUGGUGAGACCCUGAUGCAGAUUUUUGAGUUGUUGGCUCAUUACUCAGGGCGUGUGGAAUCCAAGCCUGGAUGUGUCUCCUCCUGCUGAUGUCCUGGGAAAGCCACAGAACUGAUGGAUGGUCCAGGAGGCUCCUCUGGAGGCACUUUGGGCCUCUGGAAGGGUCUGGCUUUGCCUGAGGGCACCGGGAGCCCUGACAGAAGUGGAUUCGUUCUCCUCUUGCAUUUCUCAUCCUGCCUCUGCCCAUGUGUGAUGUGGGUGGCUCCUUUUUCCCUCGUUUUCUGGCAGGAGCAGCACUGCAGGGAUGCUCCAGGCCGGAGCCUCAGCAGGCACUGCAGGAGGUCCCACAGCCUGGGUGGGGAUGGGCACGAGUGCUCUCGCUUGGCCACACUGGCAGCCCCGGUCCUGCUGGGUUUUAUGAUGCACAACUUCACUGUCCUGAGCCUGGAAUAUUCCUGGACUAUGGAAAAAAAGAGUGGCAACCUGUCAAUCAUUUUCACAGAAUCCCAGAUUCCCAGAAUGGUUUGGAUUGGAGGAGACCUUACAGCUCAUCUCGUUCCACCCCCCUCUACAGGAGGGGAUGCUUUCCAUGAAACCAGGUUGAAGGAGCAGGUGAAACAUCCCAUUUCCUUCGAAGUAUCUGCCUGGUUUCCCAGAAAUAGACUCCAGAUGAACUGCACCUUGGAUGCCAUCGCCCAGCAGGGACCAGGAGAAGAGUGUUCCGAGCACCGGGCAGAGCUGCUGGUGAGGGUGUGACUCCAUGGGAAGGGAGGCUUGGGAAGUGCCCUGCAGUGUCCUCAGCUGAGCAGAGACAGCCUGAAGAUAAGGGAAUGGAGAUCCUGGUUGCUUGUGUAGAUCCCAAGCUGAGGCUCCAGGCUGAAAUCCCUGGUCCCUCUUUCCGUGCUGAUUUUUUCUUUCCCUCACUCAUGUUCUGUUGGAUAAAGGGUUUUGAUCGACAGCCAAAGACCACAGACAUCUUCUUCCAGGGCAGGAUAAUCUGUUUGUCCUGAAAAGCCCAGGUCUUUGAGUGAAAGGGAAUUUAUUUCCCAUCCUUUUUCCACUUUUACUCUGCCUGGGGGCAGAAGGUGCAAAGAAAAGCUGCUUUUCUCUCUCCAGUGUUGACUUAGGAGCAGCGUUAUCUUCCUCCACAUUCCCAAUAUAAACCACUGGAAAGGGCAGUGGGAUUUUACUCCAGGCCACGAAUAAGAAGAACAAAUGGAGCUAUGCAUUCCCUAGACUUGCUUUUUAUUUUAUUUGUUCAUUUUGUGGUGAAAAUGGAUGCAGCAUUUGUAAGGGGUUUGGACCAGCAAUCGGACAAAGGGAGUUGGAACUGGAAGGUCUCCUGGGAAAUUUGAAAACCCUCUGACCCAGUUCGGGGUUAUCCCCUCUAAUAAUGUCUCUGGUGUAGUUUUAAACUGGACAUCAAAUACUGAACAUGUGGAAUUUCCCCUUCCUUUGGGAGAGGAGCUGCUGGUUCACCCCAAGGAGAUGGAGCUGCACCUUCCAGCCCACCACGAGUCCUGCCAGAGCUUUCCUUCUUGCCAUCCAGCACUGGAACCUCUGCCCCAUUCAAAGAAUCACCUUUUGGGGGUGAUUGGGAUCCCCAAACUUUAAAACAAAGUUUAAGAUUUUUUUUUUUCCUCAUUUCCCUGUAAGGGCAGUGAAAUCCCUUUGUGCUGAGGAGUUUAAGGCAGAAGGAUCAGGCUUUUUUUUCCCAUGGAAAAAAGUGGAAGAGGCUUCCCUGGGUUUAUUUUUGGAGGGUUUACUCACUGGGGAUGUUUUUUCAUGUGUUGAAGGGGAAUUGAAACUCUCUUCCUCCCCAAGAAGAGCUGUGAUCCAUCAGGAAAACGGCUCUUUAGAGCAGUUCAAUAAAAAUAAGAUACAGUUUGGUAUUUUAAGCACUCUCUGCCUCUCUGUGCUAAUAAAGAGAUUGGGUGCCAUCUGGAUUAAUUCUUGGAUUUUCCCAUAAAACUAUAAAAAGCUAUAAAAAGGUUAUUUUUACAUUUCAAAUUCUUUUUUUUCCCCUUUCUUCUUAAUUUUUGCAAAAAAAAGCAGCGCUGCAGGAGCAUUUACAGCUCCACAAUGGCAGAGCCAGGCAGGAAGGAGGGAAUUCAACCAUUUCAUUCUCCCUUGGGCAAAGGAAUUUCGGGACCUACAGCACAUGCAAUCCUGCAGUCGUGGGACUUGCAGAGCUCUCAAGUUUUAGGUCACCUUUCCCUAAAGCCCUGGCUGGUGUCACCCCAUAAAUGCCCUGGGAAUGUGCCUUAGUGUAGGUGCUGGUGGGAUUUGGGAUGGGAGGGAUGUGCUGCUGGCAGCACCCACCGACCUCGCAAAUUAAUCCAAUUAAAACCAAUUUAAAGGCACAAUGAGGGGAUGUGUUUGGGUUUUGCCCUCUACACUGACUGUAAGGCUGUUGCAAGACCUUGCUGUGGGGAUAUUUGUCAAAAAACUCCAUUCUUGGUACCUGUUUAGCAUCGUUUAUUCCUGUUUAUCCCUUUCUGGUAUUGAAGUCCUGUCCCUCUGUACCCCCUGACGGCUCCAGGUCCCCCUUUUUGGCUGUUUCUUUUUACAGUAUUUGUAUCUCUGGGUCAGAAAAGUCAAAUAAUAACAAAUUCAAGCUAUCAUUAACCCAAAUACAGGGAGCUUGGGAUUGUACACCCUGCUGUGACUUAUUAAAAUACUGUUUAGUUUUCCUUUUUUAUCUGUCAGAUUGGAGAGCUUGGACUCCAAGGUUUGUAUCAUGGGAAUCUUGUUGCAUUUCCUCCCAGGAACACCAGAUCCAAAGUCUGGGAAGCUGCCGCCCCACUUAGCCCUGUGAGUCUCUGGAGAGCGAGGCUCAGGGGUUUCACUGAGGUUUCUUUGAAUAAAACCAGCUCUCCCAUGGAAUUUUUGAGUGGUUUGGGUGGGAAGGGACCUCAAAGCCCAUCCAGUGCCACCCCCUGCUCUGGGCAGGGACACCUUCCACCAGCCCAGGGUGCUCCAAGCCCUGUCCAGCCUGGCCUUGGACCCUUCCCAGCUGUGUUAUAAUCCAGGUGCUCCAGUGAGGACGAGCUGAGCUGAGUCCCUGGAGAACAAACAACUCUGGACACACGGGAGUGAUUCCCUCCUCAGCACCCAAACCCACCCAAGCCCAACGAUCCCCCAGUCAUUGGCCACAGUCUGUGACUCACUGAGAGCACCCUAAUCAUCAUGGACUCAUUUGGGGUGGGAAUCACCUCAGAGAGUAGGAGGUGGCUCUUCCCACCCAUCCCCAGCACUGCCGAGGCCACCACUGACCCCUGUGCCCAAGGGCCACAUCCACGGGGCUGUGAAACCCUGCCAGGAAUGGGGACCCCAAACCUCCCUGGGCAGCCCUUUCCAAAGGCUGACCAUUGGAAAAUCCAUCUCAGGUGCCUGCCAAGGAGCUGAGACACGAACAGGAGCACUGUGUUGGCACUCCCUCUGCAGAUGGGUCUCCUGCAUCCUGGCGUGGUCCCUCCUGCCUGGUUCUUGUGUGACAUGGUGGAAUGUCACCGUGUGGGAGCCUUCCAAGGACCUGUGGCAGGUGAUUUGCAACCAACUUCCUUCCAUUUCUACUCUCUGUGUGGUUUUUAUUUCCACUGAGAAAGAGGCUGGAAUGUUGGACGGGUGAACAUUAAAGUAGCUUUGCUCCCAGUUAAGGUCGUGGCUGACAACUGGAGGAAUCUCCACAGCAAUCCCUUGGAAUCUGGGAUCCUUGCAUGGAACAAGUCCUCUCCUUCUACAGGCUGGAGGUUUGCAGAUGGGGGCGGGGAAAAAGGCAUCACUGCAACAACUGUCCAUCUCUUGACUUGUUUUUGAUGGAUCUGACCACAGAAGAGAUUGAAGAAAUUCAGAAUGAAGAAUUAACAGCCUCAGCACCUUCUCAGGAAAGAUCAGAUGAGCUGCUUGCACACAACCAACUGCAGAGGGGGAAACAAUGUGUUUGUGUCUGUAAAUAUGGUAUAAAUAGCUGUAAUUGUAUGUAUUUAAUGUACAUAAGCUGAGGAUUACAUUUUAACAAUCUCAAGUAUUGUACAUAGCCCAAACCUGCUCUCUUAUUUUACUAGCACACCCACUGUAGAUUUAUUUUUUGUCAUUGUCGUUUCUGUAUCUGGUUGAAUUACAAACUGGUCUCACUUUUACCUCAAA